ACAUGUUUCCAUGUCAGCCUAAUUUUUCUUUUAUUUUUUAGCAAUUUAAUUCGGAAAAUUUUACAGGAGACAAAUAUAAGGGGAUUUGUUGAAAUGGGGAUCGACUGAUUGAUUGAUGAAAUAGAUAGAUAGAUAGAAAAGGAGAGACAUGGCGAGUGUUGUGAAGGUCAAGCCCAGUAAUCAAGAUGGUCCUUCAAAGGGAAAGGUUGAUGCUUCCGUGAACAAGAAGAAGAUCGAAAGCUCUGAUAAACAGUAUCUUGUUAGUUGUAAGAAUAAAUCUGUUGCGACUGUCUCGAAAACUGAGAUAAAAUCAAAAGCUACAUCAUCUUCCUCGAAAACUACAACAAAAACGACAAAAGUGAGGGAAAAGAAAGUCUUCAGUUUGCCGGGCCAAAAAUUUGAUCGCCCUGAAGAGAGAGAACCCCUAAGGAUAUUUUAUGAGUCAUUGUCGAAACAGAUACCAACUAGUGAAAUGGCCGAAUUUUGGAUGAUGGAGCAUGGAUUGUUGUCCCCUGAAAGAGCCAAAAAGGCACACGAGAAGAAGCAGAGGAAGCAGAAGCAUCUUCGAACAGGAACUCCUAUCAAAUCCCCCCCACCAUCCCAGUCGGUGAUGAAGCCACAGCCAUCAAAGAAUGGUGAUGUAAAAGCAAAGAAGAGAAUCAUCAAUGAGAGUGACGACGACGACUUCAUUUUAAGUCCCAAGAGAAGGAAAGGGUAAGAAAAAAAAUGUCCCCUUUGUUUCUUAUACCUGUGUACUUAUAGAAAUCAGUUCAUUUCUAUUCCUUUACAUUCAAUUACAAGAAAAAUGCAAUGUUGUGAUACACCAAAACAACCCAUAAAUGGGGAUAGACAUUGUACUAUGUGACUCAGAGAAUCAAUAAGCAUCUAACUUUCUGAGACCA